ACCCUGGUGAAGGAGAUCCUAGGGCUUCUGCGCUCUCUUUAUCAAAAGGGGGUUUGAGGAUUCCUCCCUUCUUCUAGGGUUAAGGGGGAUUGUAAGCCUGCGCAUCCGAUAGCCUUAGAGAGAGAUUGAAUCUUAUUAUCUGAAAGAGAUUAUUUGUUCUUUAUUUUUGGUUUUCGCGCUGCUUUUUCAGUUGUUUUGGUUUUGGGUAUUUCCCUGAAUUCGGAAAACCUAGAAACUUUAUUUCUUUUCGAUACCAAUAACUCAGCUCCUUGGGAAUUAAACUUGGUCACAGGCGUCAAAAGUGGAAAGGGGGUUUCCUUGCCAACCAAGAUCGCAUUCGAUAAAACCCUAGGUUGAGGGAUUUUGAACCCUAGCUCGAGGGAUUUUGAGAAUCUGGUCUCUGGUGAUUGUUUUGGGGCCAAGAAGUUGCAGAGCAUCCUUUUGGUUGAAGUUUAGGGGGUUGAAUCUUGUUUUGGUUGGGAGAGGCUCUGCAAUGUCUCGCUGCUUUCCUUUUCUACCUCCAGGUUACGGGGAUAACGGCAGGGAUGGUGGCUUCUUGUCACUCUCCUCAAAGGAGGACAGGCGCAAGGCCAAGAGAGAGAAAAAGGAGAGAGAGAAAGAGAAGAUAGAGAAGAGAGAGAUAUCCAAUCGGGAGAGGAAGGAAGCAAGGCAUGGUGAUUGUGAUCGGAAGAUAGAGAAGAAAGAGAUAUCCAAUCAGGAGAGGAAGGAAGCAAAGCAUGGUGAUUGUGAUCGGGGUAGCAAGCAUGAAAAAAGGAACUCUAUGUUGGAAAGCUGCACAGGCAGGAAAGAGGAAGAAUGUGAACACAUGGAAAAGAGUGGGCUUACUGAAGAGCAUGGGCAGUUGACCUGUGAUAACCAUCUUGAUAGUGCUCAUUCCAUGGCCAGCAAUACCAACAACAACAAGCUUUACGGUACUCAUUCCAUCCCUAUCAACACCUGUGACAACAAGAGGAAGAGGGUUCACCAUGAAAUGGGCUCUUCAAUCAAUGAGCCACUUGAACAGAAGCUCAAAUCGAUUGCUCACACACAUGGAAGUGGACUCUGGAUACGAUUGCCUUCACUCAAAAACAAAUCACAGCAGCUACUAGAUAAGCAGGCUAGUGUUUUAAGGGAAGAGCCAUUGCAGCGGCCGCCGCUGAAUAGGCAAAGCCAGGCCACUCAUCUUUCUAUAUGUAAGACCAAAGAGCCACAACAAGGUCCAAAGAAGCAAAGCCAGGCCAGACCUCCUUUGCUUAAAACCAAAGAGCCUCUUCUGCUGCAUAAGCAAAGCCAGGCAACAUGGCCUCGUUUGCUUCAAACAGAAGAGGCGCGAGUGUUGAACAAGCAACGCCAGGCCACCCAGGCUCCUUUAGUCAAGACCAAAGAUCUACAAAAACUGCUGAAUAAGCAAAGCUGGGCAACGCAGCCACAUUUGGUUAAGAUUAAAGAGUCAUCACAAGUGCUGGAUGAAGAGGAGGCCCCCCUGCCCACUGUUGGCUCUGAUCAUCAAAGAAGAAAGGAUACAAAUGUUAGGGCAGAGACCAGCAAUAGAUGCAACACUGAACUAAGUGAAGAAGACCUGUUUGCGACAUUGAUCAAAGAGUGGAAACCUAUUCCAAUUCAUCAGGAACUGUCGGGGGUUGAUAACAUGGAGUGGCUUUAUGAGAGAGAGCAGCAACAGGAGCUGAGAAGCGAUGAGCUUGAAGACAUCAGAGUUGCUAAGUCUGCCCUGGGAAGCUCAUCAAGUGCCUUUUACAUGCCGUCCAUAGGUAUUCAUGCAUUGCCUUUUGUGCUUCCAUUCUAGAGGAAGAGAAAGAGCUCAUGAAGUGUAUGGUGGGAUUUGUACGUGUUUAGAGAGAGAGAGGCGAGGUGGAGUCUCAGCCUGUUUUUGUCUUGGCUGAGAAUUUUAAGGGGGGGGUUUGAGCCGAAUGAUCCUUUCGUGGUGGUUUGGGUUUGGUGAGAGAGAUAAGUUAGUGUAGUUUCUCAUUGUUUCUAUUCUUUCAUUUUGAUUUAAUGAAAUUCAAGGUUUAGCUCCUGCCGUGGAGUUCAGUUCAA